AAUCUCUUCCUCAGACAGCUCAGAGAAGCACCGCGGAAGGCUGGGCUCCAGCAAAGCAAUGAAUCAAUGAAUGAGUGGCAGCUGAUUCCAUGCAUAUUCCUUUCUUUAUGGGAAGCCCACCCUCUUCCAUCACACGCACAUGAACAGGGGGCAGGGGGUCUGUUCUUCCUGACCAGGAAGAGAGAAGGUUCUCCAGGAAUCAUCUUUGCUUGGUAUCAGGAAGGAGCCUCAGUCGUAGGAGAUGGACCACUUCGGUAUCUAUGGAGAUGCUCUGGGGGCUCUCACCAUCUAAGGGCUUUGCACAUCUCUGCUUGGAGCAUGUGAGCGUCGGAUGAUGGGACAAGAACAAAAAAAUGCAAAACGAAUCUGUGUCUGGGAGGUGGUCUCUGAAUGCCUGUAAUGUAUAAUGGACCACUCCCUGACCUGAGAUUGGGGAUUGAGUAAAAAGGCAGAGGACAGGGGCCGUCUGUGUGUUGUGUUGGCCAUUCCCUGUUAUGAUAAUCACAAAGAUCAAGCUCCUUCACCUGACGGAUAUGUAAUUGCAGACCAUGGCACUGGGGUUCCCCGGGCUUGCCCAAGGCUCACUUUUCAGGACCAGUCACCAUGGGGCUCAAGAGCAGACACUCGGCUGCGCAAGUGGAGAAGAAAGCUGCUCAUGUUGGGGAUGGUGAACCAACCUGUCUUGGGGCAGGAGUGGAUAAGGAUGGGACCUUGUUGCUGGUGGGAGCUGGGAAGGAAGACGUCAAGCGCAACCCUCAGGGAAUAGGGCUCUUGGCUAAAACCCCUCUGAGCUGUAGCAGACCCAUCAAAAGGAACAACGCCAAGUAUAGGAGGAUCCAAACUUUGAUAUAUGAUGCUUUGGAAAGACCUAGAGGAUGGGCACUGCUCUACCAUGCCUUUGUUUUCCUGAUAGUCCUGGGGUGCCUGAUCCUCGCUAUCCUUACAACCUUCAAAGAAUACGAAGACGCUUCCGGCGACUGGCUGUUGCUUUUAGAAACUUUUGCCUUGGUGAUUUUCGGAGUGGAAUUUGCCUUAAGGAUUUGGGCUGCCGGAUGCUGCUGCCGCUACAAGGGCUGGAGGGGGAGACUGAAGUUUGCAAGGAAGCCUCUGUGCAUGCUGGAUAUCUUUGUCCUUGUUGCUUCCAUACCAGUGGUAGCUGUUGGGAAAAAUCAGGGAAAUGUCUUGGCCACGUCGCUUCGCAGUUUGCGUUUCCUUCAGAUUCUCCGGAUGCUUCGGAUGGACAGGAGGGGAGGAACAUGGAAGCUUCUUGGAUCCGCUAUUUGUUCCCAUAGCAAGGAGCUCAUCACUGCCUGGUACAUUGGCUUUCUCACUCUUAUCCUCUCCUCGUUCCUUGUAUAUUUGGUGGAGAAAGACGUUCCAGAACGAAAUGAAAAGGGAGAGUUGAUAGAGGAAGAGUUUGAGACCUACGCUGAUGCUCUUUGGUGGGGUUUGAUCACUCUCGCAACAAUUGGUUAUGGGGACAAAACGCCAAAGACUUGGGAGGGACGGCUUAUAGCUGCCACAUUCUCACUCAUCGGUGUUUCUUUCUUUGCGCUUCCUGCGGGGAUUCUGGGUUCUGGGCUGGCUCUCAAGGUUCAAGAACAACAUCGGCAGAAGCAUUUUGAGAAACGAAGGAAACCGGCGGCAGAACUUAUCCAGGCUGCAUGGAGAUUUUAUGCCACCAACCUGAGUCGCAUUGACCUGAUGGCCACAUGGAGAUACUAUGAAACCACUGUCCAGUUCCCAUACUUCAGGCAAGAGCAGAUGGAUGGGACCAAUAGUCAAGUCAUGUUUAGUAGGGAAUCAUUCAUUGGAUCGAGCUUCAAAAGAACAUUUAGUCAAAAAUGGAGCCUCUUGGAUCGUGUGCGACUUUCCAAUCCCAGAGGAACUAGCCCGAAAGCAAAGACAUUUUCCCCAUUAAACAUUGAGGGACCUGAAGAAAGUCCUUCAAAAGAGGCAAAGAAUAUUGGUUUGAGCAAUAAGGAGCGUUUCCGGACUGCACUAAAAAUGAAAGCCUACGCUUUUUGGCAGAGUUCUGAAGAUGCAGGAGCGGCCGGAGACCCAAUAGCUGAAUCAGGAUAUGGUACUGAAUUAAUGGAAGAUUUAAUACCAACUAUAAAGGCAGCUAUCCAUGCAUCUAGAAUACUUCAGUUUCUUUUGCAUAAGAAAAAAUUUAAGGAGACUCUACGGCCUUAUGAUGUGAAAGAUGUCAUUGAGCAAUAUUCAGCUGGGCAUCUGGAUAUGCUGUCAAGGAUAAAGUACCUCCAGACAAGAAUAGAUAUGGUCUUUGCUCCUGGUCCCCUCUCAACCCCCAAGCAUAAGAAGUCUCAGAAAGGAACUGGAGGGCUUGGUAGUGGAUAUGGCUUUACAUCGCAACAGUCUCCAAGACAUGACCCAUAUUCAGUGAAAGUUCCAGAAAUUGAAGACCAAAGCAUGAUGGGAAAGUUUGUGAAAGUAGAAAGACAGGUACAAGAUAUGGAAAAGAAACUGGAUUUUCUUGUUGACAUGCACAUGCAACACAUGGAUCAGCUGCAAGUUCAUAUCACGGACUAUUAUCCACUUAGAGAAACACUUGCAGAAGACGAGGGUGUGGACAGCAGAUAUUCUGAAGUUGAGGGGUUGAUUUACAAUUAUACUGAAUCGUGCUCACAUACAAGCCCAUUCCACCAUUUGCACCAAGUUUCCUUCAACAAGACAAACCAGUAUGGUUUCUUUGAACAUUACCCAAGGCAUUUUAGUGCACCGUUGCCUUUUAAUGGUGAAAACUGUUCACAGGUGGUUACGCCUCCUUCAUCUUCUUAUACAGAAAGGCCAACAGUUUUGCCUAUCCAGACCUUAAUAGACACGCGGGUUGAAUUUCAAGACAGUGGAGAGAAUGCAAACCCAUAUUUACAAGAGGCUUCUCCAACGCAAAGGAGAAGUUUCAGAGACAGCGACACUCCAUUGUCUCUUCUUUCUGUCAACCAUGAUGAACUUCAGAGAUCUCCUAGUGGGUUUAGUAUUUCUCAAGAAAAAGAAGAUUUCAGUUUUGGUAACAAUGGUUCUAAUUGGAUGAAAGAGAAACGUUUCUUAGCAGAAGGGGAAACGGAUACAGAUACAGACCCUUUUACUCCCAGUGGUCCCAUAACCUUGUCUUCUACAGGAGAUGGAAUUUCAGAAUCAGCAUGGACUCCUUCUAAACCUGUUUAGAUUGAAGGAGUCUCUGGAUAAUUUUUUUCUUACAAUGUACUUAUUCUUUGUAUAGGUCACUUUACAUUUUCCAAAGCUCAGUAGGGCCAGCCCCAAAGGCUCCAUAAGAUGCAUGUUUAAGAGUAAUAGUCAUUGGACCAUCUCUGAUACUUUUAAUUUAUAGUUCAUUCCACUGAAAUGAAGUUUGUAGCAUGAUCUGCAUGCAAAAAUGUACACAAUAUAGUUGUUACAGAUAAACAUAUUUUCUUUAUUAUUGAUACGGCACAUAAUCUGGAUCUAUGCAGAAAGACUUGUUUGUCAGGUUUUUAUAAACUUUUUUUUUUUUAAGAAUAGUUUUCAGUGUUCCAGCACACGUGGUUUUUGUGUUUACCAGAAUUGAUUUCUAUCUCAAAAUACCAAAUGUAGGGGUUGAUAUACUAGUCUUAUUGGUGCACUUCUUUAGCCAAGAAUUUGGUUACUAAGGAAAAACAAUUAAACCCAACAUUCUCAUUGAGUAUCUACAAUGUUUUCCUCUUUCAGACAUUAUGGGGCAUGUAAUAGAAUCCUCAUUACAUGUGACCUAAGAUAUCCAUGGGUACAAUUACAAAGAGUAGCUCAUAGUAAACAAUGGCCAUAAUAUUCUUCCUAUUGUCUUCUUCAUUAUUAUUUUGACGUUCUUACUGGCAAACUAGUCAGAUGUUGCAUAGCUCUCAUUGUACAGUAUGAUAAUUUACUUGUACAGUAGAUGGUUUAUCUACACUUUGAGGGAUGCUUUUAUAACCAGAUCAUGAGAUGCCGGAUACAUACACUUUAUGCACUGUGUUCCAUGCAGUUGUAGACUCUUGAGUCAUUGUCAAAAGCUAAAAACCUGUGAAGAAGACCUUAAAUAAUCAGAUCCUGAAGAUGAUAUAUUUAAGGGGAGGUUAAAGGUUGUGUUGAUACUUUACCCAUGUGUGUCUUAAGGCAGUCCAAGGUAUUUCCAGAUUUUUCAAGGGAAAUCCGACUAAUGGCAUUUUUAUUGGCAGGGGCAUUAAAGGGAAAAUAUGACUUUUUUUAAACAUCGUGACUAAGGAUUAGGUUUGAUGUGUUUAUUUUUAUUGCUUGCAUUUAUUCCAGUGUGUGGGAGGUUGCUUAGAAAUAAGUAAUAUUGCUCAGAACUUUUUUUACCACUAGAUGGAGCUGGAUUUUUAGGCCUCUUUUGAAAGCUUCACCAGAGACAAGUUAUAUUGACAUUCCCAUUCAUGCACAUAAAUGCAAUAUGCAGUUGAUAUUAUCUUUAAACUAUAACCUUAUACUGUAAAAUAAAUGGCGGACGAAAAAACCUCUAAUAAUAAUUAGGGCUAAUUCGCAAGUGGCUCUGACUGCUUAUAAUAUACAGUACCACAAAUGGACUGACAGGUAUACUGUUUGUUUUUAACAUUUUGGCUAUGUACUGUAUGUGUAUUUAAGCAACUCUAGCAAAUAACAUUUGGCAUCCUUUGUAAGGAUCACUCAAUUUCAUCUUCUUGAUACUUUGAUACAGUGAACAAACACCAGAGCAGAUAAUGGCGAACUGUUAUAUACUUAUACUGUAUAUUAUAAACAGACUUUACAAUCUUUCUAGUACCAGAACUCACUAUAUUGUCUUAAGGCUGCUUUUCAUCUAAACUUAUGGGAUGACCAAGAUCAGCCAAAUCCAUGUUUGGGUAUAUGUGUGUUAUAGAUAUGGUGGGGUGCUCUGAACGUUGCUUUUAUGUUUUGAAAGUUAUUGGCCAGCCAUUUGGACUUCUAAAUGCAGGGAGCUGUAUUUUUUUAGGAUUCUUAGGAGACUUCGUAAUAGGUGAAGAACAGUUGAGACAUUAUCAGACUUUUCCCAUGUAUAUGUUCCAUACACUGUUACAGAGCAUUGUGUAUUUUAGAGUCUUAACCUUCCAGCCAUAUGGAGAAUAAAUGAAGGUUUCGGGAAGAUUUUUUCUCCCCAAAAAGAACAACUGCCUUUGUAUAAGUAUGUACACUAUAUGCCCAAACGUAUGUGGACUCCCCUUCUAAUUUUUGUCAAAACAGGUGGAACUACAUUAUACAAUAACAUUCUUGCCAUUUCCAUGUGGCAAUAGCUUGGGGAAGGCCCUCUCUAAUUUCAGCAGGAUAAUGACCCCAUAAUAAUGGGAAAUUAAUAAUUUAUCUAUCGGGGAAGAGGAAGAACUUGGCUGGUCUGCACAGAGCCCUGUCCUCAAAAGCCAACAAAAAAAGCUCAAAAGCCAACUUAAUUUUUAUAUCCUUCGUGUUGGAAUGAGAUGUUGGACAGGCAGGAGGACACAUACUUUUGGCCAGAUAGUAUAUGUAUAAGUUCUCUUAUGAUAAGCCAUCAGUUGGUAGCCUUCCAAAAAAAUAUUUGCAUGGUAAAAGUAUAUUGUGAAAGUUUUUUUUAAUAUCCUGCACUCCAUUUGUACCUAUUUUAAUACUUCCUUAUUGACAGUGGAAAACAUCACAUCACUGAAAACAAACUGUUGGGGUUUUUGCAUUUCUGUGCCACAAACCAGCCCAGUUUAGGACGUAGCCUUGUGCUCUCCUUUGAGAAGACUUUAAGUCUUUGAGAGUACUAUUUACUGUUGUGGCGUCGAUAUGUGUAUGUGUUUGCCUCAUAAUAAUCCAAAAAUACAAAGGUCUAAAUCAUACUUUAGAGAUCAGUCACAAGCAGAUUAAUUGUCUCUAGUGUAAGUCA